AUGCAGCGCGCAGCGCGCUCCACUCCCUGUCGUUGCGCCGGCCCUCAACAAAAAGUGUCGCCCUCCACUUGGUGUGGGCUGCACCCAGAAGUUGCUUCCAUCGGGAGGGUCUGGGGGUUCUCCCAGCGGCUUUCAGAGGAGGGCGAGGCGAGAAGGAUCUGGGGCGGGACCAGGGUCUCUUUCGCUUUCCCUUUUGUUCUCCAACCGCCGCCGAGAUUCCGCGCGGCUCCCGGGCACGCACGAACGAGUCGACUCGCACGCUGGAAGCCAGUGAGUCGUCGGAGAGACUUGCUACCAAGAGCCCCGCGCGCCACGCCACCCCCGCCCGACUGGCCCCCGACGCCCUGCGCCCUACGGCCCUCGCCCUUCCCGCACCCUGUGCUGCACGCUCUCCCCGGCCUGGCCCGCGCGCUACUUUUCCCGGCCUACUGGGCCCUGGACCACUGCUGGGCGCCGGCCGCACGCCCAAGCGACCAGAUCUGGCCGAGCGCCGCAGCGGGCGCCGGAGCGGCUCUGCUGCUGCUGCUUCUUGUCGGCCCGCCUCUGGCGCUGCCGGACCUUCUGCUCUGGCUGCUGCUGCAAGCCUGGCGCCGUCCCUUCUGCUACCAGCCCCCUCCGCAGUGCGGGGCGCCCCCCACGCCCUGGCGCCCCCCAACUGAGCCCGCGCGCAGCUUCAGCUUCUUCAGCGCCAACCUGUGCCUGCUCCCCGACGGGCUGGCGCGCUUCAGCAACUUGCCGCACAGCCAGCGGCGGGCCGAGACCGUGGGCGCCGUGCUGCUCGCCGGCCUGCGGCAUUCGCCCUGGGCUACCGGCUGCGGUUCGCCAGUGCAGGGGAUGCCGUGCGGGGUGCUGAUAGGCGCCAUGCCAGCGAGUCUGGACUUCACGUGCCUGCAGGAGCUGUUCGAUCUUCGCGCAGAGCGACGCCUGGUGAGCCGCCUGGCACCCAAUCUGGGCCCGGUGUCGUACGACGUGGGCGCAUUCGGCCUGCAGCCCGGGCUGCACCUGAAGCUGCUGGGCAGCGGGCUGUUGCUGGCCUCGCGCUACCCGCUGCUACGCGCAGCCUUGCGCCUUCCUCACGCACGUCGCGAGGAUGCGCUGGCCUCCAAGGGACUACUUUCUGCACAGGUGCCCGCCCAACGGCCGCGGCUCUGCGGCUCCCGGGAGGGGGCGGGGCAUGGGGUCGAACGCGCGAAGAUCCCCAAGCGCAGCUGGGCAUCCCGGACGGGCGCCGCAUCGUGGGCUUCCUGCACUGCAUGCAUUUGCCUGCGCCGAGCAGUGAGCCCGACUGGCUGCUCGUAGGCUCGUGGGCGGGCCGCCCCCUCUCACUCUUUCUGCGCAGAGUCCCAACCCUUGUCUGCGCCUCCCCUCCCCCCACCGUUUAUUCACUGCCCCAGGCGCCGCCAGUCCCUUCGAGUGCCGGUGGGCUCACAGAUCGGGACCGGGCGGGGCGGGGGAAGGUGCGGGCGCAGCUGGGUGUCCAGGAGGCAGAAUGGCACCUCGGACUGAGCCUUCCUUCCCUCCCCGUCGCUCCCCUCCAACCCACCCCGCCCCGCAGAGGACGGGCUCCUGCGCCGCAAACAGCUGACGCUGUUGCUGGACUGGGCCGAGCGGUCCGAGGUUGAGAGCCGCCAAAGUGACGAGGCCGUGGCCUUCAGUGUGCGCCUGGGUGACCUAAACUUCGACACCUGCUCGCUUAGCUGAGAAGAGGCUGCAGCGGGGGGGGCGGGCGGCCCCGCCCACCGAGCGCCGGCCUCUCCGCAGACCACGCGCAGGAGCCGGCGCACCAGCUGUUCAGCCGCUUCCGGGACCCCUGCCGGCUGGGGACGCGCCGGGGCUGGGGGCGGGCGGACCUAGGGCGGGCUCGCGGGCCGAGGCUC